UCAUUUUUAAAUUCUCAAAUAGAAUAGUCAUAAGAAUUUACAGUUACUUGAAAAUUGUCUUACAGCAUAACACUGUGAAUAGCUUUAGGAUAAAUGGGAUUUUCUUAGACUUGUUGGGAAGUGCCUGUUUAAAAGAAAGAAGAGUAUGAAAUAGGGUUAUUAUAUCAGACAAAUAAUUAAUUUGAAAGUACAUGUGAAUUUCAUCUUAUUUGUCAAAUGCCAGCAAGCACUUGUAAACAAGAACUUCAAUAUUAUUGUAGAGUUACACUAUGUUCUGCUAUUCUAGAAGGAUAAAUGGGAGAAUCAAAAUUUCAUCCUGAUUCUGUUUUAUAAAGGACUUAUUGUAGCCUAAGUAAAAGUUAUUGGGUUGUAUGAAUUCUAAAGCAAUUUCCAUCCAUUUAAUUUGAUCUGCAUCACACUGAAAACGUGCAAUUUGCCAAGAAUGCAGAAGUAAGCAACACUGACAGGGGUUGCUAGUGGGUGUUGUAAUACUUAAUGAAAUUGUUUCAGUUUGCAUUAAAAUGCUUUUGAACAGACCGUUCAUUGCUACAAAAUGUUUAAAAACUUUCAGCUUCCUCAUGCACUGAAAAAGUAGAUGGGAAAAUAGUCUUUGCAGGCCGACUGCAGCAGUGUUUCUGGGGCAAGACUUUCUCUAAUAAAAAGCUUGCCAAGGAGGAUAUUUAUAAUCUCCUGUUUCUAUGGAAAUGAGGAACACAACUAAGUAACUUUUUUUUCUUUUGUGUAGUUUCAAGGCUUGUGUAAGUCAGGGGAAAAGCUUUCAUUGAUUCCAGUGCUCUCCCAGUCAUGCCCUUCAUGGACAAAUAUUCAGUAGCCAAUGAGUAAUUUUUUUGAUGCAGAAAAUUUUGGGUAGAGUUAAGAAAAUAUGCCAGUUAAGGAGCCUGUAACCGUCAAUGAAUAGGAAAAAAAAAGCCCCCAAGCAACUCAAAAUCCAUAAGGCAGAACAGUGUUUCAGUACAGCAAGAGGCAGGGCUGUGUCCGAGUUAAAGAAGAGGGGAUGUGGAGGACCAGCUCGACGUCAAAUAUGUUAUCUCAGCCAAAACUGUGAGGAACAAUUUAUUGCUCUACUAUAAAAUGAUUUCAGACAAUUGGCCUGGAUACAGUCUGGAUUUAUUCACUUACCCUCAACACUACUAUGGUGACCUGGAAUAUGUGCUCAUUCCUCAUGGCAUUAUUGUUGACAGGACAGAACGACUGGCAAAAGAUAUUAUGCAAGACAUUGGAGACAAUGAUAUUGUGGUUCUCUGUGUCCUCAAAGGUGGCUACAAGUUCUGUGCUGAUCUUGUGGAGCACAUUAAAAAUCUCAGCAGAAAUUCAGAAAGGUUCAUCUCCAUGAAAGUCGAUUUUGUUAGACUGAAAAGUUACCACAAUGAUCAGUCUAUGCAAGAUAUGCAGAUAAUUGGAGGAGAUGAUCUGUCAAAGCUGAAUGGCAAGAAUGUUCUAAUUGUGGAGGAUAUUGUUGGAACUGGAAGGACCAUGAAGGUUCUGCUUAACAAUAUAGAAAAAUACAAGCCAAAAAUGAUUAAAGUAGCAAGUUUGUUGGUGAAAAGAACAUCUCGACCUGAUGGGUACAGACCAGAUUAUUACGGAUUUGAAAUUCCAGAUUUAUUUGUGGUAGGUUAUGCCUUAGACUACAAUGAGCACUUCAGAGAUUUAAAUCACAUAUGUGUUAUCAACGAUCAUGGCAAAACAAAAUACAGAGUCUGAAGCAAUAACAUCAACACCUGAAUAUUUCUGUGAAGCAGAAAUUUGACUACACUCCUUCAAGCAUCUCCCAGAAAAGUGAUUCAACUAGCUUGUAUGUCUUUCAACUCAGUAUAAUAAGGGGUUUACUCUAGAGAUGCUAAUGAAUAUUUACAGAUGUGAGAGGUCUUAUCUAAAAUGUGAAACAUAGGACUUUUACAGUUAUUACCUUUAUUACAUAUUAAAAUUGCCACCUAAGAUACCUUUUGACUAAUAACUUGUCUGCCUCAGGUCUCAUUGUGAACACAUCUUUUCUUUGCUCAGUUCUUCAUUCCACCUAUUGCAAUUGCAAUAAUUUCACCUACUCUGCUGUGUUGCACAAGGUAGUUCAAAAGUGCCAUUCUGUGCAUGAAAAUUAUUUUACAAGAUUUUACUGACUUCAUCAUGCCUUUAGUCUUGGUCAGAUAUGCUGCUGCAAAACUGAAAGCAUUAUUUUGACUUAAUUCCACAAUUCAAAAGUUUCAGUGGAAGUUCUGUGUUGUGCUGCAGUUCAUUACUGACUCUUCAAAACAAAGUUUUAUCUCUCAGAAUGUGCUGAAUUAGAAUGCAGGUCAAAAUGAACCUUUGCAAGACACUGUUGAUCCAAAAUUGGAAGAUAUCAUGGUUCUGGUAUGUCAUGUAGCCAUAGAUCUGACCUGUUUAAUGUGCUGAAUUUUAAUCAAGACAAAACAAUGCCAGGCAGGUUUGAAUUUCUGCAUGGUAUCCAUUUCUUCUGUAGGACACAAACAAGUAUAAAAAUGAACAGUGUUUUCCUGAGCUCAUUUUCUUAACUAAACCUCAUUAAGCACAACAGUUUAAUGUUAUUCAGACACUUAUUUGGUUAUGAUUUGAUUUUGUAACGUGUCUGAGAUUUCUGUAACCAUCUGCCAUCUUCGAGAAUACAGGUCGGCAAUGCUGAAGGAGUCUUGCAUGGAAAAAAAGAAAAAUAUACAGGACAACAUAGAAAACCAGUUAAUGCAUGAGUGUUGUAGACUCUAGACUCCUUCCUUUGUAGAUCAUGUUUGAAGAAGUUUGUGAAUUUUAUGUACUGUAUUAGCUGUGAAAAGUUUAAUCCUGUAUUAAAUAUAACUGUUCUUAACAACUUCCUGAGGGAAACCAAUGCAAAGUAAGUAGCUGUGUAUCAGUAGCUUUGCUCUGAACUGUGAGAAGCAGAUUGUUACUAGCUGCAGAUUCCUAUAAACUAAUAAAGAAACAUUAAGAAUGCUUA